UCAGGACGAAAUCAAAGAUAAGAAGAUCUCAGGCCGGAAUGUGGCAGUUGCUAUUCUGUUUCACACUCUUUCAAGCACUAAGAACAGGCAUGUGCAUUGUGGCUCCUGAAGUAGGUGAAGCAGUCGUUAAGGCUCAUAACGCAAUCAGAGCACAAGUUGCGACACGUGGACUACACAAGAAAAUUUUCGGAGAUGCACCAGGAUCGAAGAGCCUUUUCAAGCUGGGUUAUGACCGUACUCACGCCGCUUUGGCUGCUGCAGUUAUUGGAAGCCAAUGCAUGCAUUCCAAAUUCUACGUGAAUAGCACAGAAAAGUCAGAGAACUUUAAAAUAUAUCAAACAAAUGGUGCGCCAAACAACAAAACCCUUCUUCAAUUUUUUCUGCAUGCCGUAGAGGACUGGAGAAAUACAGUCAACCAUCCUCUAAGACCUGACGUAAAAUAUACAGACACCUCCAUGGAGCCUUUCGCCAAUAUGAUCUAUCACAAGACGUUGAAGUUUGGAUGUGCCUAUCGAUUCUGCAAAUCGAAAAGCAAGGUUGCUCUUGCUUGUGUCUACGAUAGCAGACCGCUUUUGGAAGAACCGUUAUAUUUGGCAGACUCCACGAAUAAAAGAGGCUGUGUUAGAGACUAUUCAUGCAGGAAGAUCUUCAGUAACGCCGUUUGCGAAAAGGAAGGCGACAAAACGGGCCCUCUUUGUGAAGAGCAAGCCAAAAAGAUCCGGAAUCUCAGCCCAUUUGUGCUUCCUGCUCAACCCAGUGAAACAGGACUUACGGUCAGCAGAACGCCAGAAAAGUAUAAGCGCUGA